AAUUAAGUAAGUAUUACCGAGUCGAGCUUGCCGCGACGCGCACGUCGUAGCACUCAUAAUAUUUUAUACGCGAAUUUGUUUGUUUUCAACAGACGAUCAAGAUGUCAGGACGUGGCAAAGGUGGAAAAGUGAAGGGAAAGGCAAAGUCCCGUUCCAACCGUGCCGGACUCCAGUUUCCCGUCGGGCGUAUCCAUAGGCUGCUGAGGAAAGGCAACUAUGCUGAGCGCGUAGGUGCCGGGGCACCGGUGUACCUCGCAGCCGUGAUGGAAUACUUGGCCGCUGAAGUUCUCGAGUUGGCCGGUAACGCAGCUCGCGACAACAAGAAGACCAGGAUCAUCCCUAGACAUCUCCAGCUGGCGAUCCGCAACGACGAGGAAUUGAACAAACUGCUAUCCGGCGUCACGAUCGCCCAAGGCGGUGUCCUGCCCAACAUUCAGGCCGUUCUUUUGCCCAAGAAGACCGAGAAGAAGGCAUAAAAUGUUUUGCUUUGCUAUAAUAUAUUACUAUACAGUAAUUUAUUAUAUUAUAGAGCGUUACUACUUCUCAAAAGGCCCUUUUCAGGGCCACAA